UCUUCAGUAAGUUGUUUCUUUCUGUCCUGUGUAGUAGUGUUAAUAUGCUGUUUCUAGUUUUAUUCACUUUUCUUGGUGUCAGUGAUGGUUAUAAUUUUUUAUUAUUUUUCCCUAUUCCGGGGAAAAGUCAUUCGAUUUUGGGAGAGGCGUACGUGCGUCAUUUGACAGACGCUGGCCAUAAUGUGACUUAUAUAACGCCUCUUCUAAUGAAAAACCCACCAGCCCUAUUAAGGCAGAUAGAUGUAUCACAUAAUGCCGAUUUAUUACCUGGUAGCAUAUUCGACGUGCAGAAGUUUAUGUCCAAGGAAUUAGACUUGCAAGAAAUACAGCUGCUCUUCCCAAUAAUGCAGGAGCUCUUACGGGCGACGCUGCAAAGUGAGCAGAUGCAGACAUUCAUGCAUGACCCUGAAGAACAGUAUGAUGCUGUUAUUGUUGAGUGGCUGUUCACGGAACUUGGGGCAGGUUUGUCUUCAGUAUUCAACUGUCCGCUAAUUUGGUCCACAUCUACAGAACCACAUUCUGGUAUAUUAGAGCUGAUAGACGAGCCCCUCAAUAUUGCAUACACUAUCUACAUUUGGGGUAGAGGAUAUUCCCUGGAUCUCUACAGCCGUUUGCAGCAUGUGUGGUCGGUGAUGAAAAUUAAGUAUUAUCAAUGGCAAGGCCAAGAUAUAGACAAUGAAAUAUUCAUAAACUCAUACAAAUCAGCUGUUGAAUCUAGAGGGUUAAAACUACCCUCAUACGAUGAAGUCAAGUACAACGCUUCUCUUAUGUUAGGAAACUCGCAUAUAUCUAGUGGAGAUGCUCAUAGAUUACCACAAGCUUAUAAGAUGAUUGGAGGAUAUCAUAUAAAGGAUAAAAUUGACCCUUUACCUGCAGAUCUGCAAAAAAUCAUGGAUGAAACUCAUGAAGGAGUGAUUUACUUUAGCCUCGGAACUAUGUUAAAAGGUACCACAAUGCCAAACAAAACAAGAAAUGAGAUAAUUACCUUUUUCGGUAGUUUGAAACAAACUGUUAUUUGGAAAUAUGAGACACCAAUAUCAAACCUACCACCAAAUGUUCAUGUUGUUCAAUGGGCACCACAACCUAGUAUAUUAGCUCAUCCCAACACCGUCCUAUUUAUGACGCAUGGAGGUCUUCUAUCCUUCUUUGAAACCCUUAAAUUCGGGGUGCCUAUAAUCGGCUUUCCAAUGUUUGGUGACCAAUUUACAAAUAUCAACAGAGCACAGAAGAAAGGCUUUGGAAAAAGAUUCAUACUGGGACAGGAACCGUUGGAAAAAUUAUUCGAAACUGUCAAAGAUAUGAUUGAGAAUCCGAAGUACCGUGAACGAGCAAAGGAAUUUUCCUUAAUAUUCCACGACCGUCCGGUCUCUCCGGGAACAGAAUUAGUCCACUGGGUGGAGCAUGUAGUCCGGUCACAAGGCGCACCGCAUCUACGCUCUCCCGCGCUUAUGGUGCCCUGGUACCAGAAAUGCUACCUCGACCUACUUUCUGUUAUCCUAGUACUUAUUUUAAUUGUUGCGUAUUUAAUAAGAAAGUUAUAUACGAUAUUUAUGAGUAAAUCAAUGGUUAAAAAGAAAACUAAUUAGAUGUAUGUUAAAGUACUCUGUACUAUGUUUGACUGGCCGGUUGGCUUGGUUGGUAGUGACCCUGCCUUCCAUGUCACUGGUCGUGGGUUCGAUUCAACCUGGGGCAAAUAUUUGUGCGAUGAACU